CCAUGGCCUUUCAAUCAGAAGCAGCUUCUUCCUCUUAUUCUUCUAUCGAUACAUGGACUCAUGAUAUAUUUUUGAGUUUUAGAGGUAAAGAUGUUCGUCGCAAAUUUAUUUCUCAUCUAUACCAUGCUUUAGAUCAAAGUGGAAUCAAGACUUACAUGGAUUACUUCGACCUUGAAAGAGGAGAGCAAAUUUCAUCGGAACUUUUCAAAGCUAUUGAAAAGUCAAGGAUUUCAAUCAUUAUACUCUCUAAAAACUUUGCAGAAUCCAAAUGGUGUUUAAAUGAGCUACUGAAAAUUCUCGAGUGCAAGAAAAUAAUCAAACAAAUUGUUUUACCGAUAUUUUAUGAGGUAAAACCAGCGGAAGUUCGAGAUAAAAAAGGAAUCUUUGGAGAAGCAUUCACUAAACUUGGAAAGAAAAUCAAGGAUGACAUAAAGCUGCUGCAGUACUGGAAUGAAGCUUUAGAAGAAGUAGCCAAAUUGUCUGGGUUGGAAUAUUUAGCGAUCAGGGAUGAAUCAGAAUUUAUCCAAAAAAUUAUUCGGUGGGUGGACUCAAAAAUAGUAAACCAAACACCUUUAAGUGUUGUCAAGUAUCCAAUUGGAAUAGAAUCUCGUAUACGAGACAUUUAUCAGCAUUUAAAUAUCGGAAGGAAUGAUAUUAUACGUGUGGUGGGGAUAUUCGGAGCCGGUGGAAUUGGUAAGACAACUAUUUCAAAAGAUAUCUAUAAUAGGAUUUCUUCCCAAUUUCAAGGAAGUUGUUUUUUGAAAAAUGUUAGAGAAACUUCAAAACAAGCAGGGGGUGUAAUUCAGCUGCAAAAUACACUUCUUUCCGAGAUCUUAGGAAAAAAAUUCGAUAUUAAUGAUGUUGAUAAAGGAGUCAAUGUGAUUUGGGAUAGACUUCGCACCAAAAGGAUUCUACUAAUUCUUGAUGAUGUGGAUGAGUUGGUCCAACUAGAAAAAUUAGCUGGAGAUCGUGCUUGGUUUGGUUCAGGAAGUAGAAUCAUCAUAACAACAAGAGAUCAGCAAUUAUUAAAAAUCUUUGAAGUUGAUUCAAAAUACAAGCUGAAGAUUUUGGAUGACAAUGAAGCUCUUCGGCUCUUUAGCUUGCAUGCUUUCAAGACAGACGAACCACUUGAUGAUUACGGGGAACUCUCUAAACAAGUAAUAAAAUAUGCCCAGGGUCUUCCACUAGCUUUAACAGUGCUAGGAUCGGAUCUAAAAGGCCAAAGUAUACAUCAAUGGAAAAGUGCAUUGGAUAAGUAUAAAAACAUUCCCAACAAAAAUAUUCAGAGAGUUCUUCAAAUAAGUUAUGAUGGUUUGGAAGAUAGUGAGAAAGACAUGUUCCUUGAUAUGGCAUUUUUCUUCAAAGAAGAACCUUUGGCUAAUGUCAUGAAAAUAUUUGAUAGUUGUGGUUUUUCUCCGGUUCAUGGUAUCAAGAGGCUUAUAGACAAGUGUCUUAUUGCUAUUGAUGAGCAGAAUAAAUAUUUUUCAAUGCAUGACUUGCUACAAGAUAUGGGUCGAGAAAUUGUUCGUCUAGAAUCACCCAGAGAACCUGGUGAAGGCAGUAGAUUGUUUUUUCACGAAGAUGUUCGUCAUGUGUUGGAAGAAAGCACGGGCACAAAUAAAGUUGCAGGCAUGAUAAUAGAAAUGCCCAAAGGCGAGGAUGUGAUAAGGUUGAGUCCCGAAGCAUUUGUACGGAUGAAAAGACUUAGAGUAUUUAUCAAUCGUAAUGCAAGUUUUUCGAGUGGACCUAAUUAUCUCUCCAACGAGUUAAGAAUGUUUGAUUGGUUUGAAUAUCCGCUACAAUCUUUACCAUCCAAUUUUUAUGGAAAUAAACUCAUUAUCUUUAGAAUGCGUGGUAGCUUCAUCAGGGAGUUAAACUUCAUCAAGUUUAAGAAUUUGACAACUAUGGCUUUCGAUGAUUGUAAUUUUUUAACAAAAGUUCCUGAUCUUUCAAGCAUCCUAAAUUUGAAGGAUAUGAUUACCAGAAGGUGUACAAGUUUAGUUGAGGUGCAUGAUUCCGUCGGAUCCCUGGAUAAUCUCUCUCAUUUGAGCUUUUUCGGUUGCUCUAGCCUCAGAAUUUUUCCAAGAGUCCUCAAGUUGAGAUCUUUAUGCCAGCUUGAUCUUAGUUGUUGCUCAAGCCUUCGUGACUUUUCUGAAAUUGGGUGUGAAAUGAAAUCUUUAAGUAGAUUAUAUCUAGUCCACACCGCAGUUGAAGAACUUCCUUUAUCCAUUCGGAACCUCACUGGACUUGAAGUUUUGUAUCUGCACUGCUGCAAAAACCUUGCGCGUCUUCCAAUUAACAGCAUUCUUCAGUUGCAACAUUUAAGCGAGCUUGGGAUUGGUGGUUGUACAAAUCUGGUAAAGAAGAUGGGGGAUGAUGGACAAUCGAUUCUGGCUAUUGAGUCUCCAAUAAUGGAAGACGAGAUUUUAUCAAGUGAAGAACAACUCCAGGAAUUGGCACCUCCAACGAAUUCAAGCAAUGGGAAUAGUGCAUUACAAAUGCUGGAUCAUAAUAAUUGUUUCCAAUUAGAAUCAAAUUUCUUUCCAAUAUCAAGUCUCUUUACCAUGUUUAAUUCCUCGGCCACUUUGAAUUCGUUAUUUCUAUCCGAAAGUGAAAUUGUUAGCCUUCCCACCAGCAUCAAAGGAUUUGUCGCACUCAGUCACCUAGACUUGCGGGAUUGUGAGAAACUUGAAGAAAUCUUAGAACUUCCACCAAAUAUAACAUCUGUAUAUGCUACGGGAUGCAAGUCGUUAGAAAGAUUUGGAGAAGUAUAAAAAAUAUUGCAAUUCAAUGGAAGUCACAUCAGAUCGCUAGAAAUAAUUCUCUUGGAGGGCUGUGACAAAAUGCACGAGAAGAUUUGGAAUUAUAAAGUGCCAAAUCCCUUACUAUGGAAGGGACAUUAUGAUGCCAAUGUGUUACCGGAAAAUCAGAUUCCAGAGUGGUUUCGAUAUCAGAAAGGAUUUCUAGAAAAUGAAAUUGUUAAGAGGGGGGAUGGUGUUGCCCAACUAAGAGGAAAUGAAGAAUUGGUAAUGAAUAUUGAGGGGCCACACUAUUUGGAGGAUAUAAGUGGAAUUGUAGUCUAUGCCCUUAUGUUUUAUAAAAAAGGUCGUGGUAUCAUGGAUUUGUUUGAUGAUGCUAAGAUAACCAGUAACAGUUCAGAUCAUGUAUGCAAUACCAAUCUUAAUAAAGCCGUAUCAUUAUUUAAUUGUGAUCUGAAUAAAGUUGGAGGCGGAUAUAUAGUAAGGGUUGGGUACUCCGAUUUAGAAUCAUUUGGGGUAAAUGUUUUGGACAAUUUGAGAGUUCAAAUUCUUUCCACUUAUCGGGAUUAUUUUCCGGCACCAAUUUACAGAGCUUGCGGAGCCAAUGUUGUAUACAAGCAUGAAAGCAGAGCACACAAAAAAAGAAAAAAUGGAUUGAAUUGAUGAUCCUUUUGUGUAUCUUUUACGAAUCUCUUGCCAACGUCCUUCAGUUACCUUGAAUUUUCAGGGGCAUCGAACUUCCAGAUCAGGUGGAGAAGGACGAUGAUGAUUCAAAGGUAGAUUUGGAGUUCGGGCUUCAACUUGGUAUCAAGCAUGGAUUUCGAGCAUUAAUUAGCUUGUGUUAAGCAGAAGAAUAUGUAAGAAUGAAGAAGUGUUUGAGAAUAUGCUCAGGACAGAGUCUGGUAUUGCUUUCAUUGUAUAUUUCUUCUUCAAUUACAGUAGAGUAUUUAUAGCAGACUACAAGUAACAACUUU